AGUAGACAUAGCAUAGUACAUCUACUGCAAUUUCCAAUGGUUUUAUUGAUUAUACACUACAUUAGUGAUUUGUUUACCAAGAUGUUCGGUACAGUUGUAUUAUGUCUGAGUUCCAUAUUAAUAUUACUUCCUCAAAUGAGUCAAACAACGACCGUUUAUAAAUGUGGUUCAAGUAAGUUUUUUUAUUCGUUAACUAUUUCAUUUAUUUUAAUUAUUAAUUUGGCUGAAAUUUUAUAUUAAAAAUUUAAAUAACUGUCUUAGAAAUCAAUGCCUAACUUAGUAGCUUCCUACCUACUACUUGUACUUAUGUAUACCAUACCAUUCCUACCAUGACCUAAUAUUUAUUGAAUCUAUGGUCAUAGAUUAUAAACAAAAUAUUGACUGUUGAACUAUUGAAAUUGAAUAAACAAUUGUCUAUUUAUAUUAGUAACAUUUAUUAUUGUUUAAAUUAUAUCUUGUGAUAACAUUGAAAACCAUGGCUAAAUUUACAUAUUUACCUACAUUCACCUUGAAUUUUAUAUUCAGGGGCAGCCAGGCAAUCUAUUUUUCUUAAAGAUCACAUUUUUUGAAUACCAAAUACACCACAAAGCAUACAAAUUAAAUUGAAAAUUAAUUAAAUGUAUUAAAUGAAUGAAUAUAAAUAACGAGAAGAGACUUAAAUUUUCAGUAUUCACUUUGUAAUAAAUAUAUAUUAAGGUAACAUAGUAUAUAUUAUAUACAGUGUGCUUCCUUUUAAGGUUAACACAAAAUAUUUCUAUCCAGAGACUUCAGAUUGAAAUUUGGUUUUCGGGAGGAGCUAAGGAAUACUGAGAUACAUAUUUUUUGACGAUUUUCAAAUUUUCAGCCUUUUUAUUUUUUACCUAAUACAAAUUGCUUUUUUAAAGUUAUUUAUUGACCUUUAAUUAUGGCUCUUGAUAAUAUUUGAUAAUAAGUUGCACUUUCAAUUUAAAUCGAUUAAAAAACAAAUUGACAUAAUUUUUGUAAUUUCUAUUAUUUAAUUUAUAAAAAUAUUUAACACCAAUACUUAUUUUAUAAAGUGUUUGAAAUUUAGCCCAUUAUUAAUCAUUAUCUAUGUAUAGAUAUACAUGACUGCAUACUCAAUUUCGUCAAUUUGUUUAAAGUGUUCUUAAUAAAUAAAUAAAUUUAAAAUGAAAAUUUAACUUGUCACUUAGAAAAUGUUGGUUUAAGAGCCAUUGGUAUUAGUUCAAAAUUACAAAAAAAAUUUAUCUAUCCAAAUUUAUUGUUUCAAAUAUUUGUUGCUAUUUAAAAAAAUGAAAUUUGUGUUGCUCAAUGCUCAUGCACACAGUAAAAAGUCUAAAAAUUUGUAAAAUCAUUAAAAAAAAGUAAAUUUCAGUAUUCUUUAGCACCUCUUAAAACCCAAUUUCAAUCCAGUCACCUAACAGACAAAUUUAGAUCUCCUUUUAAAAACAACAAGGCAUUAUAUAUUUUAACAUAUGUAAUAUAUAUUAGGUAAAUGUAAUUUUAAUUAACUACAUUUAAUUAAAUGUAAUAGAUAAGUAGGUAGGUAUUUUAUAAUAUUAACAUUCAUACUUAUAACAAAAUAAACACAGCCAAAUACUUGUUAGUUGUCUUUUUCAUUCAAAAUAUUUACUCGAUAUUAAAUGCCUACUUUAAAAUUUAUAUAAAUUUUAAUUAUUUUGAAUACCUCCAAUUUAACCUUAUAAAGUAAAAAUAAUUGUUUAUUAUCUUUAAAGUAUGCAUGCUAAUAUUCUAAUAAAUGUAUUAAAUAUAAAAUAUAUAUAAUACAUAAUAUGAUUAAUCACACAGUAAAUAGUAAAAAGUAAAAAGUGUAGUUAAUCAUUUUAAUUCAAUAGUGUUAAAAUUAAAUUAAUAUGAUUUUUCUUAGGUAUCUUAUUAUGAAACAUGUCAGAAUAUUAAAUAAUCAAAUCAAUUUUAUUUUAUUUUUUAUUUGGCCAUCAAUUUAUCAUGCAGUUUUGCAUAAUAUGCUUUACGCCUUCAUGCGUGUGCAUUUCAUAUUUAAAAAUAUUAAUUAAUAUUCUUAUAAAUAUGGGUUCUAAAUAUUGAGUAAUCAAUUUUAUUUAUUUGUUAAAUAUUACCAUAUUAUUGUUAAAUAUAUUAUAAAUAUAUAAUUUGUGUGUAUAUAGUUGUAGUAGUGGAAUUAAAUAACAAAUGUAUUGUAAAUACUCAUGGCCAUACACUGUUCAAAUUUAAAUUUACUAUUAUUUGUUAAUGUUAUAAAACUUAAAGAGAUGAAAAAAUUAUUAUGUAUAAUUUCAUUAUAACCAGAGAAAAAAUAAAAUAAUCAAUGAAAUAUAAAUUAGUAGGAAAAAUGUAAUGCACAUAUUUAUAACUUCUUUUUUUUUUUUUUUUUAGAAAAUACAGAAGUUUUGAAUAACACAACAGUAGUAACAUUUCAAAAUUGUACUACAUCCAGAUGUGCAAUAAAACGAAAUAGUACUAUGCACAUUGAAAUCAAAUUUAAAUUAGGUUUGUAAAGAGACAAACAUUGAUUAUGUAGUAGGGAGUUAAAGAAUAUACCUUAUUAAGAACUACAUUGUUAUUGUUGUAAAUAAUUAACAACAAACAUAAUUUUGUAUUUUUUGUAUUUUUUUUUUUUAUUCCUCUAUAUUUUCUGGUCGUUUUUUGAGGAAACUGAUUAAAAUGGAAAUUUAUAUCUAAUAACCCAUAUGGCUUUUAUUUAUUAACAAAAUAAUAAGUUAUUUAGAAAUUAUAAAUAUUAUUUGGCAUUAUAGUUUUUCUUUUAUCAUGUUUAUACCUAAUCACUUAUCAACAAUUUUAACUGUUAAUUAUUUUUAAACUAUACAAAUUAAAAAUUGAUUGGAUAUUUUUACAAUAAAAUUACAAUUUUUUUUUUAGAAAUAGACGUAAAGGAUUUAAUUACAGAAGUGUAUGGUAAGGCAUUAAAUAUACCAGUACCUUUGCUGGGUAUAGAUAACAAAAAUAUAUGUAAUAAUAUCUACGAAGAAGAUGGAAUAAAAACAAAGUGUCCUUUACUUAAAGGUAAAACAUAUAUAUAUAAAGAAGACAUAUAUAUAAUCAAAGCAUAUCCUAAGGUAAACAAUAAGACAUAAAUAUAUUUACGGGUAUAACAUUUUUAUGUCAUAAUAGUCAUUAUUUAAAUAUUUAGUUUAAGGUUGAUGUACACUGGAGUUUACAAGAUCCAAAUUCACGGACUGUUAUAACUUGUUUUGAAGCACCAGCAAAAAUUAUAGAUUAGUAUUUCAUGUAAUUAUUAUUUUUUAAUUUUAAAUCAAAAUAAAUAAACAAAUAUAAUUUGAUCUUCUACUGAACACUUGUACAUAUAUAAUAAUAGUGUGGUAUAUAAACAAUAAUUAUUAACAUUAAAAACUCACUUAAAUAAUUAUAGAAAAAAUAUUGCAAAUGUAAAUGUAUAACAAAACAUAAAAAAAAAAAUUAAAAUAACAAUAAUAAUUAUAAAUUUAGUCAUACAUAAAUGAUGAUUAAAAAAAAGUUGAAUAUUUUGUUCUUAUUUUUAUUUACUGGGAGUAAAAAACAAAUAUAUAUUCGUAUUUUAAAAUAAAAUCAGUAAUUUUAUCAAUGUUCCAAAUGAUCUUAUCAUCUUAUGAAUAUAUAGCAGAAAGAGUGAAAAAUAUAAGAGGAUAAUAAAUUACAUUAUUUUGAAAAUAUAAUACUUGUUCUUUAUAAUAUUUUAAUCGGGUAUACAUGGUGGAAUAAUAGAUUUUAAUAACUUUAAUUUAUUAUAACAAUUCAUAAUUAGUAGCAUACAAAAUUGCACUAUUAACAUUAAUAUUUUAUUUUUUAUUUAAUUUUGGCUAUAUGAAAUAUAAAAUUUUGAAAUAAAAUCAGUAAAUCAGUAUAUCAACUACUAUUGAUCAUUUGAAUUAUACAAGUGUGUAUAAAACAAAUUGUCUUAACGAUUAUUAUAUUCAAAAUAGAAAAGAAAAUAUUAACAUAACAUAAAGCGAUUAUAAGAUCUAAAAGAAGGACGGAUAUGAUUAGAUACCUAACUAAUAAUACAAUAUUUGAAAAAUACUUAAUAAGUUGAGAUUCAAUUGUGACAUUUUCUCUUGAAUUUUAUUUAUUUAGUAUUUUAAGCGAUUAUUUAGAGUUUAGACUAAAAAUGUAUUCAAUAAAAUUGAUACAUGCUAAAAUGUUGAAAUCUAGUAAAAUCUAAAAAAUAAAUUAAAUCACAAUUUUCAGUAUGUUAUUUCAAAAAUAAACAAAAUAUUAAUUUUUUUAAAAAAAUUAUAAUGAAAUAUAAAUAUUGAUGAAAAAUGCAAAAAAAAUGAAAAAAAUUUCACAAUUUAUUUAAAAUGUGUUGUAAACAUUAAAUACCAAUAUUAUAUUUGUUACUAUUAAUUAUUAGCAACCCUGUGUCAAAAAUAUUGUUAUUUUUAGAUAAUUUUGUAAAAAUAAAAUAGCAAAAUGUCUGUUCUUUUUAAUAAUCAAAUUUCUAUUAUUAUUUAUUCGAAAGAAUAUUAUUGUUUCAGUGUGUGCUAAAGUUAAAAGCUAUAAACUUAAAAAUGUUAAUAAUAUAAUUAUGAGACUAAUUUUUUGAAGAAUAUAAUAUAAUAUUUAAUAAGUGAUCAUUAAAUCAAAACUAUAUAUUAUCUAAAAUUAAUAAUAAGUUUCCUUCUCUAACCAUCCACCAGGAUUUCGCCUUAUGUAAAACUUUCUUACUUCAUCAUAAAUAAAUAGGGCUACCAUGAAUGGUAUUGGAGGAAUCCACCAAGUCCACCUAAAAAGUAUUAAACAUAAAUAUUUGUCAACAAAAUUAUUUUUCAAAUAAUCAAUAUAUCUUACUUUAAUGGAUACAUGCGCAAUGCUUCGUCCAUUCCAGGUAAGUAACAUAAGAACAACGCUAAGACUGUUUCAAAUAUUAAACUGAAGUUCAAUGCCAUAUUUCUAGAAAUUAAAAAAUGUAUUAACUAGCUCAAAAUUUCAAUACUAAUAAAAUGUGUUCUAACCUCAUUCCUUGAUGUGUGAUUGAAUUUCUUCUGGUUUUGCAAAUAAUUAGAUUGGCCCACUGUACAACUACAAUCGAUAUAAAAAAUCCAGUGUGGCAAGUAUACUCUAAUGAUUUCCGAUCUUGAUAAGUCUUUAAAUAAAAUUGAAGAUAAUAAAGAUAAUAAAUUAUUAUAGAUAAUGUUUAUAACUUAUUUUUUUAUUAAGUAUAAACUUUAUAAUUACUCACCCAUUCUUGGUUAUAAGAAUCUGGCAAAUCAUUUACUGCUCUUGAGUCCCAUUCACGGCGUAAACCAAUUAACUUGUAUGGCAUAAAUCCAUUUUCAGCCAUAAUUACAAAAUAAGUAAAAAAACCAGCAAAUGCCUCAAUAAUCCCCAACUGACCAAAUGCCAAAGAUAUUAAUCUUA